GCUCCCAACAAGAGCAAGAAAUCGGUGGCAUCUACCUUUCACCAGAGAGAGAACUAGAAAUCAGCACGAUGACUUGCGUGGUCGACCCGACUUACAUCCAACCGGUGGAGUACCGAGCCAAGCCACCGGUUCCGGUCGCCGAGAACACGCCGAUCAUCGAUUUCUCUCUCCUCUCCUCUGAAACAGUAGACCCUGAGGCUAAGGCUAAGCUCGCCAAAGAGGUGGGUGCAGCUCUUAGAGACUGGGGUUUCUUCCAUUGUAUUAACCAUUGCGUUUCUAGAGAGAUAAUGGAUAGAGUGAGAGAGAAUUUGGCCCUCUUUUUUCACCAACCUUUGGAGGAGAAGUUGAAGGUUAAGAGGGAUUUGAAUAACCCGGUCGGGUAUAAUAACACUGAUCACACUAAGAAUACGAGGGAUUGGGUUGAGGUUUAUGACUAUAUGCUUAGAGAUCCGGUUGAGGUUCCUGCUUCACAUGAUCCUGAGGAUAAGGAUAUUAUGUUGUUGAGGAACCAGAGGCCGGCCUUUCCACCUGGAUUCCAGGAUGUGGUCCAUGAAUACGGGCAAUAUUUGGAGAAAUUAGGGUUUCAAAUAUUGGAGCUGGUGGCCUUAGAUCUGGGUUUACCUGAAGACAGGUUCGAGCCUUUAUUUGACAAUCACGCGAGCAUUAACAGGCUUAAUCACUAUGACCCAUGCCCUGCCCCUGAUUUGGUGCUUGGAAAGGGUUGGCACUCUGAUAUUAGUGCACUCACUCUGCUGGCACAGGGCGUGCCCACUGGACUCGAGAUCAGGGGCCUAGACAAUGAGUGGAUUAAGGCUAAGUCCAUCCCUUAUUCCAUGACCAUCCAGAAUGGCGACCUCAUGGAGGCCUUCACGAACGGGCUAUACAGAAGUGUAGAGCACAGGGUGGUGGUGAGUGGAGAGAGUGAGAUGUAUUCGAGUGCCCUAGCCAUUGUGCCGGCCCACCAUGUGACUGUAGAGCCACUGCCUGAGCUCAUAAACGAGCAACACCCAUCUAAAUACGUUGGGUUCAACUAUGGCAAGUUUUUCAUGGUCAGGAGGCUCAGCAACUACAAGAAACUGGAUCACGACAAUGUUAGGGUUCACAACUUCAAGAAGAGUGCUUAAAUAAUAAUUUGAGCCUUUCUCUCUCUCUCUCUCUCUCUCUCAAUGUGUCUCUCUUUCUCUCUCUUGAAUCGCUGUGUGUAUUUUGUAUUCUGCUGCACGGUUGAGUGGAACCUUGAUGUUGACGAAUGGGGGUGUCUAGCAAUAAAAGAGUUUUCCCUAAUUGUUUUUUUA